GGGAGGGGCGGCGGCGCGAGCGGCGGCGGCGGCGGCAGCGGUUCCAGCAUGAAGAGGAGAGCUGGCCUGGGGGGCAGCAUGAGGUCAGUGGUGGGCUUCUUGUCCCAGCGGGGCUUGCAUGGGGACCCCCUGCUCACUCAGGACUUUCAGAGGAGACGCCUGCGGGGCUGCAGAAACCUCUACAAGAAGGACCUUCUCGGCCACUUCGGCUGUGUCAAUGCCAUUGAAUUCUCCAACAAUGGAGGCCAGUGGCUGGUCUCAGGAGGAGACGAUCGUCGAGUUCUUUUAUGGCACAUGGAACAAGCCAUCCACUCCAGAGUUAAGCCCAUUCAACUGAAAGGAGAGCAUCAUUCCAACAUUUUCUGUCUGGCUUUCAACAGUGGAAACACUAAAGUAUUCUCUGGAGGAAAUGAUGAGCAAGUUAUCCUCCAUGAUGUUGAAAGCAGUGAGACCCUGGAUGUGUUCGCCCAUGAAGAUGCAGUAUAUGGCUUGUCAGUAAGCCCAGUGAAUGAUAAUAUUUUUGCCAGCUCUUCAGAUGAUGGCCGGGUUCUCAUCUGGGACAUCCGAGAGUCUCCUCAUGGAGAACCCUUCUGCCUGGCUAACUAUCCGUCAGCUUUUCACAGUGUCAUGUUUAACCCUGUGGAGCCUCGACUAUUGGCUACAGCCAAUUCAAAGGAAGGAGUGGGACUCUGGGAUAUUCGAAAACCUCAAAGUUCUCUCCUGCGCUAUGGUGGCAACCUCUCCCUCCAGAGUGCCAUGAGUGUGCGAUUCAACAGCAACGGGACCCAGCUGCUGGCCCUGCGACGCCGCUUGCCUCCUGUGCUCUAUGACAUCCACUCCCGCCUCCCUGUAUUCCAGUUUGACAAUCAGGGCUACUUCAACUCUUGCACCAUGAAAAGCUGCUGUUUUGCAGGCGAUCGAGACCAGUACAUCCUAUCGGGUUCUGAUGACUUCAACCUGUACAUGUGGAGAAUUCCUGCAGAUCCAGAAGCAGGUGGCAUUGGUAGGGUGGUCAACGGAGCCUUCAUGGUGCUGAAAGGGCAUCGAUCUAUUGUUAACCAGGUCCGGUUUAAUCCCCACACCUACAUGAUCUGCUCCUCUGGUGUAGAAAAGAUUAUCAAGAUUUGGAGCCCAUACAAGCAGCCAGGAUGUACUGGAGACCUUGAUGGCAGGAUUGAAGAUGAUUCUCGCUGCCUCUAUACCCAUGAAGAAUAUAUUAGCCUUGUGCUGAACAGUGGCAGUGGCCUAUCGCAUGACUACGCCAACCAGUCAGUCCAGGAGGAUCCCCGGAUGAUGGCCUUCUUCGACUCCCUAGUGCGCCGAGAGAUUGAGGGCUGGAGCUCCGAUUCAGACAGUGACCUCAGUGAGAGCACUAUCCUCCAGCUGCACACCGGGGUCAGCGAGCGCUAGGGCUAUACACACUCAGAGUCUUCAGCUUCACUGCCCCGCUCCCCGCCCCCCACAGUGGACGAGUCUGCUGACAAUGCCUUCCACCUGGGGCCCCUUCGAGUCACCACCUCAAAUGCAGUAGCAUCAACUCCACCACCACCUACGUGUGAGGAUGCCGCUUCUCGCCAGCAGCGCUUGUCCGCUCUCCGGCGCUACCAGGACAAGCGCCUCCUGGCCCUUUCCAACGAGUCUGACUCCGAAGAGAACACCUGUGAGGUUGAACUGGACACAGAUCUCUUCCCCCGACCACGGUCACCUAGCCCUGAAGAAGAGUCUAGCAGCUCCAGCAGCUCUAGUAGCUCCGAGGAUGAGGAGGAGCUGAAUGAACGUCGAGCCUCUACCCGACAGCGGAAUGCCAUGAGGCGUCGACAGAAGACACCCCGCGAGGAGAGACCUAGUGCUCUGAGCAAGCCCACCAACACCUAUAUUGGCGAAGACAACUACGAUUACCCCCAGAUCAAGGUAGAUGACCUCUCGUCUUCCCCUGCCUCCUCCCCUGAGCGGAGUGCUUCUACCUUGGAGAUUCAGCCAAGUCGGGCUUCACCAACCUCAGACAUAGAAUCAGUUGAGCGGAAGAUUUAUAAAGCUUAUAAGUGGCUUCGCUACUCUUACAACUCCUACUCAAAUAACAAAGAUGGCGAGACCUCCCUGGUGACUGGGGAGGCAGAUGAUGGGAGAGCAGGAACUAGCUGCAAGGACAACUCAAUCCCCUCUUCCAGUAAGGAGGUUUGUCUAAACACAGCUGCAGCCCAGAGAAACCAGGACCUGCCUCCUGAAGGCCACAGUAAAGAUGCUUUUAAAGAAGGGACUUCUAGAAACCCCAGCAAUGGCCCAGGCCAAGAGCACAGCAGUCACAUUUGGACAGAGGUGCCAGAGGGCACUUCUCAGGACACCAACAGCAGUGGCUCUAUAGAACACACUUUUGAAACCAAGAAGCUCAACGGAAAAGCCUUGAGCAAGGCCCUGAACAGCCGGGCUGAGGAGCCACCUUCUCCUUCUACCCCAAAGGCAACUGGCUCCACUCUAAACAGUGGGUCUGGCACCUGUCCCAGGACCCAGUCUGAUGACAGUGAGGAGAGGAGCCUCGAAACCAUCUGUGCCACUCAUAACAAUGGACACUUACACCCUCGUCCCUCUCACCCCCACAACAAUGGGCAGAACUUUGGGGAACCUGAGACAGUGGCUUAUUCUUCUCCAGGACAUUUGGACCCUGAUCAUGAUAACUUGCCCCUGGCAGGGACACUCCUACACAGAGAUUGUUGUGGGUCUGAAACGGUCUUUGAGACCCCCAGUGCUGGAACAGGAGAGGACCCAGCUGAUCCUCCAGCCACAGACAGCGGCAGGGGUGCUCUUGGUCUCAGUGGCCUCAAAAGGCACCGAGUAGAAUUGGAGGAUGGAGAUCCAGAGAAUUCUUCCUCAGAGAAGAAAUUAAAGACAUGA